GAAAGCGUUCUCACUGCUCUCUGCAGCUUACAUUUCAACAUUCUUACCGCCUCCGUCGCUGUGCGGUGGUCGUCGUCGUUGUCGCUGCUGCCGCCAUGCUAAGGAAGACAUUGCACAGGGCCCUUCCUCGCUCGCAGAGGGCAUUCAGCAGCUCAGCCCCUGCCCGGAAGAUCGUGGCAACGAACCCCGUCAAGGCAGAGGAGGUCAAGUCAUGGUCUUCGGGACAGUACCCUUUGAUCGAACACGAGUAUGAUGCUAUUGUCGUGGGUGCUGGAGGUGCUGGAUUACGGGCAGCGUUUGGGUUGGCAGAGGCUGGAUUCAACACCGCGUGUAUAACGAAGUUGUUUCCUACCCGGAGUCACACUGUCGCAGCUCAGGGUGGUAUCAAUGCUGCUUUAGGGAACAUGACCGAGGACGACUGGAGAUGGCACAUGUACGACACGGUCAAAGGCUCGGACUGGCUUGGUGACCAAGAUGCGAUUCAUUACAUGUGUCGCGAAGCUCCUCGCACUGUCAUUGAGCUCGAGCACUUCGGUGUCCCCUUCUCGCGUACCAAGGAGGGCAAAAUCUACCAGCGUGCCUUCGGUGGUCAGUCACUGAAGUACGGUAAGGGUGGUCAGGCAUAUCGGUGCGCGGCGGCAGCAGACCGUACGGGCCAUGCUCUUUUACACACUCUCUACGGCCAGUCACUGCGACACAACACCCAGUUCUUCAUUGAGUAUUUCGCCCUCGACCUGAUCAUGCAAGAUGGUGAAUGUGUUGGCGUGAUCGCUCUGAAUAUGGAGGACGGUACUCUUCACCGAUUCAGGGCCCACAAGACCGUCUUGGCUACUGGAGGGUAUGGGCGGGCUUACUUCAGUUGUACGAGUGCGCAUACGUGUUCCGGAGACGGAAAUGCAAUGGUGACACGAGCGGGACUGCCCCUCCAGGACCUGGAGUUUGUCCAGUUCCACCCGACCGGUAUCUACGGCGCUGGAUGUCUUAUCACCGAAGGAUCUCGUGGCGAGGGAGGAUACCUCUUGAACUCCGAGGGUGAGCGGUUCAUGGAGCGUUACGCUCCAACCGCGAAGGAUCUUGCUUCUCGGGAUGUCGUCUCACGGAGUAUGACGAUUGAAAUCCGCGAGGGUCGUGGCGUUGGCCCGGAGAAGGACCACAUCUACCUCCAACUCAGUCACUUGCCCCCCGAGGUCCUGCACGAGCGCUUGCCCGGUAUCUCCGAGACAGCGGCUAUCUUCUCAGGUGUCGAUGUCACGAAGGAGCCUAUUCCCGUCUUGCCCACGGUGCACUACAACAUGGGUGGUAUCCCCACUAAGUACACCGGUGAGGUGCUCACGGUCGACAAGGACGGUAAGGACAAGGUCGUCCCCGGUCUGUACGCCGCUGGUGAGGCUGCCUGUGUCUCCGUGCACGGUGCGAACCGUCUUGGUGCCAACUCCCUCCUGGAUAUCGUCGUCUUCGGCCGUGCCUGCGCUCACCACAUCAAGGAGACCCUUACGCCUGGAAAGCCCCACAAGGCGAUCCCUGAGGAGGCUGGUCUGGAAAGCGUGGAAUUCUUGGAUAAGAUCAGGAAGGCGGACGGCCCUGAGCCUACGGCUAAGAUCCGUCUCGACAUGCAGAAGGCCAUGCAGGCUGAUGCUGCAGUCUUCAGGACGCAGGAGACUCUGGACGAGGGUGUAGAGAAGAUCCGCUCUAUCUACAAGAACUUCGAGAAGGUCGGCAUCAAGGAUAGGAGCAUGAUCUGGAACUCUGACUUGGUUGAGACGCUUGAGCUUCGCAACCUGUUGAGCAACGCGGUGCAGACCAUCACUGCCGCCGCCGCUCGCAAGGAGUCGCGUGGCGCGCACGCUCGUGAGGACUUCCCUGAGCGUGAUGACGAGCACUGGAUGAAGCAUACACUCACUUGGCAACACGAUAUCAACUCGCCUGAGGUGGACAUCAAGUACCGCGGUGUGAUUGACAAGACUCUCGACGAAAACGAGUGCAAGCCCGUGCCGCCGUUCAAGCGUGUGUACUAGAAGGGCCGCGACGGGUUGCAUUAGCUUCCGAGCUUUGCGGGCUGGGUAACUAAUUACAAGUAAUUUGGUAUCUGGCAUCUGCGUGUCAGCGACCUCCGGCAUUGGGGAAGAAAUCGCUGCAAGUCUUUAGGUGUAUUGGUAGAUGAUUGUUUUAGUUUAUUCGAAUCGAAGCCAUAUCCCAACGCUUACAGGGAA